AUUUCAGUGAUAUAACAAAAAUCAUACAGGUCAGGAAUUACGUUAAAUUAUCCAUUUUAAUUUUUUUUAUUAACAUUGUGUUUGUUUGAUGGGUGGGGCUUGUUGGGAUAGAAGGCGGUUCAUUUUAUCAAACAGACACAGACUCUACAUACAUAAGACGUCAACUUCCCUCAAAAGUGAAGAAGAUCACAGCAGAGAGAAAGAGAGAGCUAUCAGAAAACAUCUGUUUCAAAGGAAUUUUAUUUUGUUUCUCUUCUGGAGUAGAUCAUGGAUGUCACACUCUUGUAUGUUAUGCUGAUCUUUCUGUCCAUAGGACUAAAUAAACACACGGGAGAGAGCUGCAGUUGUUUCCCAAUACACCCUCAUUUUUUUUUUUGCAAUUCUCGAAUAGCUGUGAUUCUAGCUGAAGUAACCAGUGAGGAGAUUGUUAGUCAGGACACUGAAUCUCAUGGAUGGGGGUCAAUUCGAUACCAAAUCAAAGUGAUCAAGGUGUUCAACAGUUUUAACAAUACUAAGCAAAUUCAGUAUGUCUAUACACAUCAAGAUGAAGGCAUAUGUGGCAUCAGGUUGGAGCGCAGCCUCUAUGUGCUUUCAGGAACCUUAUGGAAUGAUGAUGGGAUUGUGGUGAAGAUGUGUAACCUUGUCAGGCAUUGGGACAGUCUGUCCUUAACAGAACAACAAAACCUCAACCAAACAUUUCAGAUGAGCUGUAACUGCACGGUCUCUCUGUGUAUAGUAAAACCCUGUUGUGUCCAGUCUCAAAAAGAUUGUGUGUGGGUACCCUUCACAUCUCACGCUUUCGAGUACGCCUGUCUGGAAAACAGUGACGGUUCAUGUAGCUGGUACAGAGGAGAUUCAAAAGAUCCUCAAAAUGACAAGAUGGCCAUGUGCAAACCCAGAAGGUCAAGCACUGGAGCCGUUUCUUAUUUUUAAUGAUGCCAAGACAUGCUGUUCUUUUCAAAAUAGUAAGGGCACAAAGUAAUGUGGGGUUAAUUUUACAGCUAUUUUACUGUAGUUACACAGGGCUGAGCAAUCUGUACUUUUGGCCUUUUUCUGUGAAUUUCAGAAAAUGAUCUUCUGUAAAUUUCUGCAAAGUUUUGAUGUGUUUUAAUUAAGAUAUUUAAAGUGUUUUGGUGGCAUGAAAGUAAAUCUUUUCAUCUUAUGUUUUUUUUUAAUUAUUAUUUCUGAGUUAGGUUUGUAAGUCACCAAAUCCAACCUUACACUGUUACCUAAAACAGCAACAUUUUGAAAAAUGUCAGCAACUAGUACUGUAAGUUGAAACUGAUAGCUAUGAUUAAAAAUAUUUUUUUACACAGCUGGGUUUGUUACAGUAAAACUAAGCCUAAGCCUCUUGUAUACAAUGUUAAUGAAAUGAAAACAAUGUACAUUUUAUUAAUCAAAAUGAUAACUGUAAAUACAACAUCAAGGAAAAUAAUU